UUAAAGGUCCGGGCGGGCGGUGGCGGACCCCCUCCUCUCCUCUCCUCUCUGUGCUGCGCUGCGCUGUGGAUGUCCUCCCGCGGUGGAAGCCGACGGAGCCCGUGAAGGCGACCCCCGGCGACGGAUCAUUCGCAGCGGCUGCGGGAGGGAGGCUCUGGUGGUGCUGUGUGUGUGGGUGUGUGUGUGGGGGUGUCACUGCACUGCUGCCGUCGGCGUCUGGCGGUGGUCGCUCUUCUGCGGGAGGCUGUGAAUUACGACCGAAGUUAAUGAGUUCGCCCAGCCUCAGCGAGCUGGGGAAGAACGAGCAGGCAGCCUUGGAGGAGCGAGGCAACCAGCAGCGACGUGCAGGUGCCAACGCCACUUGGAACAGCAUACAGAAUGCUGUAAUUGCUGUGUUCCAGAGGAAAGGAUUACCCGAUAAUGAACUUUAUAACCUCAACGAGGGAGUCAGGCAAUUAUUGAAAACUGAGCUUGGAUCGUUUUUUACAGAAUAUCUUCAGACUCAGCUGCUUACAAAAGGCAUGGUGAUUUUGAGGGAUAAAAUUCGGUUUUAUGAAGGGCAGAAAUUACUUGAUACAUUGGCAGAAAUUUGGGACUUUUUCUUUUGCAACAUCUUGCCUAUGCUCCAGGCUAUAUUUUGUCCUGUUCAGGGGAAAGAGCCAACUGUCCGCCAGAUAGCUCUCCUGCAUUUCAGGAAUGUUAUUACACUAAACGUGAAACUGGAAGAUGCUCUGUCACGUCCACGAGCCAGGAUACCACCAUCAAUCAUUCAGAUGUUCCUGACACUUCAGGGUGUACAUGAAUCUAAGGGUGUGACAGGGGACUACCUGCGACUCGAACUGCUGAUACAGAAAGUGGUGUCGCCAUACCUGGGAACAUAUGGUCUGCACAUAGACGAUGAACAGGUUUCACACUCAGUGUGUUUUUUGGAGAAGAGAUUAUCCCCAUGUGGCUCCAAGUCAAAUGACAUUUUAACAAAGAAUCCAGUGGUGCGCUCAAAGAGCUACAACAAUCCCAUGCUGAGCCCUGUCGAAGAGUACGAAAGUGAAGGAAGCCUGGCCAACAGCAUGGGGGUGAGGCGGCACUCUGUGUCAGAAAUGACAACUUGCAUGGAGUCUGAAGGGUAUUUAAAUGCCACUGUGGACCCAGGAUCUGCUAUGUCUGCAGCAACAACACAGACUCACCUGUCAGGAGAGCAAGACCAAGAACUCCGACAAAGCAAAACCAUGAGCAAACUUAUCGGUCAGCAGCAGGAUCUUUAUCAUGUCCAAGCACCCAGGGAUGUUCGAGACAACACCUUUAAGUUAUCAAAUAGUGCUUCUCUGAUACCAGCAGCAUCUUCCAGCCCUGAAACCAGAGUGGACCACAUCUUGGAAUCAAUGGGCACAGAGCCAGAAGGGAUCUUUAUUGAUUUUGGUCACCGAUGUUCUGAGACGCCACCGUACAGCAGAGAGAUGAGUCGACAAAGUGUGGUGUGAUGUCUAUAAUUUAAAAAACUAAAACUAUUAUGAUGCAAUAAUUGAAGAGGAACCGAGCAAACAUGAUCCAGAACAGUUAUCAUUGCACCUCCAGUGUGUUUAAUUGAUCAUCCUCCAAGAAAGGAACACUCUAAACACCAACUGAAUGUUGAAUUUCUGCUCUGAAAGUAUCUGUUUGUUCUUAAGAAGACCAGCAAAUAUCAUGUCUGCUUUUUGUGGACUUUACAGUGCAUUCCAAGUUUGCUUGAGACCAUAUAAUUCUUUGUUCUUGAACUAUAUAUAAUUUAAUCACCAAUGCUAACUCUUAGGUUGAGUCAGAUUAGGGUGUCAGAAUCCUACAUUAUUUUGUUCCAUCCUUCUUUUUAUUUCCAUCCAUUCUGCAUUAACCUGUGUCUGAAAGCAAGAUGAGAGGAGUGUUCACUCUCUGACAAUAAUAAGGAUUUACUGCAGCAGAAUAAAACCACAAAACAUUAUUUUAGUUUAUUCCAAAAAUUGGGAUGAUACUCCUUCAUUCUGUGCUCUUCCACAAUUUUACUUAUUUACAUUCACCAUUAUGAAGAAUUAGUUGUGCAGACGAACACAAAGAAAAUAAGUUGAUCCAUGUUUUGAAAGACAAAAAUAAUUCAUGCUCACUGGAUUACUUCCCCAAUUUCCAAUGAACCAGUGGUGUUAGCUGAUCUAGUAAUAGUCAUUAUGAUACUGUCCCAUUUAGUCGUUGUUGUUGGUGUUGUUUUUUGACAGAAAGUAAAGCUAGCCAUCUCAUACACUUGAUGCUUCCGGAUUUGUUUUUCUGUACAUUCUUAAAAAUUUUUACAGAGCACAGUCUUCAAAAUCAAGGCUGAUUUGAAGAAUUUGCCAAAUUCUGGAUGCUUGAAUAUGCUACAUAAAUGCAGCAAAUUUAGACACAUGGAAUUGCUCUCCAUAUGUUUCAUUUACAUUGGAGGUUUGCUCUGUUACAUUUCCCAUAAUCCUCACGGUCAAGAAAAAUAUUUGAACCAUUAGAUGUUUCCUGCUUCAUUGAGUUUCUUUUUACUGCACAACUUGUUGUGGGUGAUUAGAUGAUCGAGUGAAUUAGACCCUGGGCUUUCAUCUCCAAGAUCUAGAUUUGAACCCAACCUACAUGGAUGAUUUUCUUUGUAUUUUGCCUAUAAGAUAUAAAAUAAUUUUGAUGUAGUGUUGGUAUAGAUUUACAGCACAAAAAAAUUAUUUUGUGCUUUUAUUCAGGAUUGAUUUACAAUCUCACUCACAGCCACCAUCCACAGAGGGAGUGGGAAAUGGAAUAUGUCACUGAUGCAUUAAGGGUUAGUCUCCUGAGACAAAUUGUUGAGCAGAAUAGAGAGAGCUUUGCUUGGCAUCUCACUGUUGUGUACCUGUAAACAUUAGAUGCUGAGUGGGAAUGUACUUCAUUUCCCAGCAUUAACAUCCUUCACUUGGAGGAGUACAAAAUUCAAAUAUUUCUCCAGUGCUAGCAGACAUAGAAUAGUGAGGUGAUGGCGAGGAAGACCCAUUAACCAAUAGAUCAACACAAAAUAAGACUGAAAUACAUCAAUAAACAUUAUUUGUAAGAUAGAGCUUAUAGGAAUAUGGUGGAACAUAUUUUGCUCUUUCAUAGCUUGAAGCACCACAAAUCCAAUUUCAUUCUCUGCUAUGACUGUCUCAAAAUGCUAAGGGAUUUUUGAUGGACUGCCUGUCUGAAGAAGAGGUUGCUGUGGCUUGUAAAAUAAUACAAAGGGUUUAGGGAAGUGUUUAUUCUCUGCAUACACAUUUUUAUACAAGAUAGUUUGUUCAACAAACAUAGAAAUGGCGAGGUCUUAUCUUUGGAAUUUUCAUACUGUUCACAUAAUAGUUGAUUAUAUUCCUGCAAAUUCAUCUCCACAGUAGACACUGAUUGUAAGUGUGCAAAGAUGAACAUUGCUUGAUAAGCAAUAUGCAAAACCAGAGUAGAAUAUGUGAAACCAACAUGAAAAGAGUUACUGAAGCCAAUAAUUUAAUCUGUGCAUUGGAAAGAGAGGAGAGGAAAAUACAUGAACUUCCACAUCCUUUCUUAAGAGAUUUUUUACUCAAAAUGUUCACCACUUUCGAAAAUGUGAUGUAUAUUGUUAUUUACGUAUAGAGACUAAAGUGAGAUAUUCUUUGAAUUGAUGUUAACUUUAUGGAAAUGCUCCAUAUAAAACAUUACAGUGAAAUUUGGUUAACUGAAUAUCUGAUAAUUGACUAGUUUGGUUUAUUGAAUAGAAUUUAGAGCUCUGGGAGAUGAGUCUCCUCUUAUAUUUAAUCUGGUUAUAUGAAUAGUUUGGUUUAUUGAAUAAUUUUCCAUGUAAGAUUUAGUAUUCAGUGAAUUGAAUUUCACUGUAUUACAGUUUGCUUCUAUUGUGUCCAUACCUUAUUUUUUGGAAAAAAUUAAAAAAGACAUGGAUUGGCAACCACAGUUCUCUUAUCCAAUUUUAGGAUAACUAUUUUGUUUAUCAGAGUAGCAGUCUUACUACAUUCUGAAAUGUUUUCUUAUGAGCGUUCUUAGAAAAAAAGGAAUGUGAUCCUCACUGUAGCCAUGCUCCUUUUGAGUCUCAUAUUUGUAUUUAUAAUUGUUAGCUAUUCUUUAGAGUUGUUAUAAUUAUGUUUUAAUGAAUCUGGUAAAUAUUAGUGACCAGUAAACCAUGCUCUAAUUUUCUUCAUUGGAGAACUUGAGUGUUGGUUGCAUUCGCUUGGUACCACUCUCACCUCUUUGUCAGAAGAUUGUGGGUUCAUGCCCCUCUUUGGGACUUUGAACUCACAGUGUGGACAAGCACUCCAAUGCUAUAGUAUACUAUACUGGGGCAGUGCUACAUUUUUGAAGAUGCAAUGUUUGGAUGACAUUUUCACGUAAGGUUCCACCUGCUUGUUCAGGUGUAAUUUUAAGAUCCCACAUUGCUGUAUGCAAAUUGACUGCGGCGUUCACCUAAAGAUGUACAAUCAUAACACUUUGCAGUAAAUCCUGUGAAGUGCUUUGAGAUGAAAUGAAUGGUUGAUCAACAUGGUAUUAGGCUACUGAUGUCAUAUUUUGGUUUCAUUAGUGUUGUUAGCAUCAGUUCCAUCCCCAUAAAUGUUCGUGAUAUCAUCUUAAGGAGCUUAUUACUGCACAUACGAGCACAUGGGCAAUCCAGCUUGUAUUUUAAUGAAUAAAGUUGAGUCAAUACAUUUUGAGCAUGCUGUGUUUUAUAAAAAAACCACACAAGUUCUGAAGUGAGGAUGCUGCAAAUGAUCACUUGCUCCAUCCCACUCUUUUGAAAACUUUUGUCCUGGUGCACAAUUGUAACUUAAAGGUAACAUGACCGCUCUUAUUAUAGAUAAAUGGUUACCUUUCAGGCAUCUCAAAAGUGCAAAAAAUGUUGAUAAUAUAUGAAUAAAGUGAUUAAGUUUGGAA